AUGUCCUGCACCAACACUGAUGACUGGGCAUUCACCGCAGCAGAGGGCGGUAGAGAUGGAGAUGCGGUGAAGGACGAGGAGCAAAAGGAAAAAGGCAGCGAAGUGGAUGUGGAGGUGAAAGAAAAGCAGAGAUCUAUCAGGAAGAAGCGAGGACUUGGGGCUAGUACCGAGGGGGUUUGGGCUGGCUCGCUUAAUGUGCUGUACAGUGCACCUCUUGAGAGCAUCUACAUCUACCUCCGAAAAGCUUCACCUUAUCUUCAUUACAAAUCGACUAUGGCUUCUCUAACUUCUGCCUAUGCUAUAUCUCUCGAGCGCCAGCUUAAAGACGCCCAAGCUUCGUCCUACAGUUUCGUUUCGGUCACCUUUCUCAUCCAUACUGGGCCAUGGCUGCAAGCUCGAGCGAGCGGCCUCCAUACUCGCCACCAUGGGCCGAUGUCUGUAUUAUCGGCAUUGCUGGGAGCUCAGGCUCAGGACUCGUUCUAUAAGACUCUGGAUGACGAGGGGUUGAGAAUGGCGUUCAGAAACGAGUACGAUUUUGAUUCGCCAGACGCCAUAGACUUUGAUGUUCUUAUCGACUGUUUACGUGACCUGAAGGCUGGGAAGAGGGCUGAGAUCCCAGUUUACUCCUUCGCAGAACAUGCACGGCAAAAAGAAACCACUUCAAUUUACUCGCCACAUGUUCUCAUACUGGAGGGAAUCUUUGCAUUGUACGAUCCGAGAGUUCUUGACCUUCUCGAUAUGAAGAUCUUCUGCGAAGCAGACGCAGACACUUGUCUCUCUCGAAGAAUUCUCAGAGAUGUUGAAGAACGCGGUAGGGAUAUCGAUGGUUGUAUCAAGCAGUGGUUCGCAUUUGUUAAACCAAAUUUUGAACGAUAUGUUGAACCUCAGAGGAAAGUUGCAGACAUAAUCGUGCCCAGAGGGGUUCAAAACAAAGUAGCCAUAGUAAUGGUGAUACAAUAUAUUGAGCGUAAGCUCGUCGAAAAGUCCAAGACACAUCGAGCCGCGCUCAAGAAAUUGGGACAAAGUGCCGAGGAUGAUACCUUUUCCGACAAGAUCAUGCUUCUUGAACAAACACCACAAGUCCGAGCUAUGAGCACGAUUAUGCAAGACAUCGAUACCUCGAAUGAGGACUUUAUCUUUUACUUCGACCGCUUGACUACCUUGCUCAUUGAACAUGCUAUGAACAAUAUCUAUUUCAAUGAUAAAAUCGUCGAGACACCAACAGGUGGCAAGUACUGCGGUUUAAGUCCAAUCGGAGAGACCAGCGCCGUGGUCAUUCUUCGGGCAGGCUCUAUUCUUGAGACGGGAUUGAAGCGUGUCUUGCCAGACUGCCGCACCGGCCGACUCCUCAUCCAGUCCAACGUUCGCACUGGAGAGCCAGAGCUACAUUACCUCAAGCUACCACAGGAUAUUCGGAGUCAUGACGGUGUGCUCCUCUUGGAUCCUCAGAUGUCGAGUGGAGGAGCAGCCUUAAUGGCUGUACAGGUGCUUGUGGACCAUGGUGUUCCAGAAGACAGGAUAGUUUUCGUCACGUAUUCUGCUGGAAGAAUUGGUCUUAAUAGGUUGACAAAGGUGUUCCCAGGGGUGAAAGUUGUGGUUUGCGCUGUAGUGCCUGACUUUGAGGCGCGCUGGAUAGAGAAACGGUAUCUGGGCUGCUAA